AUGACACAGAACGAGUACGCCCGGUGGAACGCACAUUUGCAGACACCGAUUGUGUUCAACCACCACAAGCCGGUCGAGAUCGAGUCGAAAAGCAUACAACGUGUUGACUUGAACCCGAUCAAGUCAACACACAAGGCUCUGCUCAAUGAGGAGCGCGUCCUCAUCCUGACUCCUCUCAAGGAUGCCGCACAAUAUCUCUCGAAAUACUUUGAGCUCUUGGCUGAGCUUACCUACCCACAUCAUCUCAUUGACCUAGCAUUCUUGGUUGGCGAUUCCAGUGACGACACCCUGGCUGUUCUCGCGUCAGAACUCGACCGAAUACAAAAACGCCCCGGCGACGUGCCAUUCCACAGUGCGACCAUUGUCGAGAAGGACCUCCACUUCCAAUUGUCGAACGAAGUAAAGGAUCGUCACGAGUUUGCUGCACAAGGGCCUCGCCGCAAGGCACUGGGAAAGGCACGGAACUAUCUUCUUUCAGCGGCGCUGAGGCCGGAACAUUCGUGGGUCUUCUGGCGCGAUGUUGAUAUUGUGGAGAGCCCGCCGAAGAUCCUCGAGGAUCUGGUGGCACACGAUAAGGACAUUAUUGUUCCCAAUAUUUGGUUUCACAGAAUCGAAGACGGCGUCGACAUUGAGGGUCGUUUCGACUACAACUCAUGGAUCGAAUCAGAGACAGCUCUCAAGCUAGCUCAAAGACUUGACAAGGAUGUUGUACUGGCUGAAGGAUACAAAGAGUACAAAACGGAUCGAACCUACAUGUGCCAGAUGGGCGACCGCCACGCGAAUCCCGACGAAGAACUGGAACUGGACGGAAUAGGUGGCGUGAGCAUCUUGGUCAAAGCUGAUGUCCAUCGAUCUGGUAUCAACUUCCCAAGCUAUGCCUUUGAGAACCAGGCCGAGACGGAGGGUUUCGCGAAGAUGGCUAAACGCGCAGGCUACCAGGUCAUUGGACUUCCCAACUACGUGGUAUGGCACAAGGACACAGAGGAGGAACCCGGCAACGCCUAA